UUGUAUUUUUGGGGCUAAAGUUUUUACGUUUUACAAAUAUUGUAAUGCUCUUGGAAUUUUUGUGGAAUGAGAUCAGGAGAGAGAUAUACACAUGCGCAUGGCCAAAAAACAAGCAUAAAAAUGUCGACGCUGUCGCUUUUGGCGUUGUCGCCUUGUUGCCAUUGUUGUCCUGCCAUUCAGGGCUGGCUGUAUGCAUUUUACCAUAUCAUUUGUGUCACAUUAAGAUCAAUUGGUAAACACACACACACACACACGCACACACACUCGUACACUUAUAUCACGCAUACGCAUAGCAUACCCAUAUGGGCGGCCAAAAGGCAAGCGGCAUAAAAAGUAUCGUUAAAAGCUCACAGUCCAAAUAAAAGCGUGAAAAAGUGGGCAAAAUACAAAAAAAAAAGAAAAAAACGAAACGAAAGAAGUCGACACGACAAAGAAAGUAAAUAAAGAUGCAGCGCGGCAAAUAGAGGAUUCCUGGCCAGUGUUGCCAUGUCCAGGGUUGUCGCUGAGCCCAAACAACCGUGUGCUAAUUGAAAUACAUAAGCUAACUGAAAUAUAACUCAUACGACGCGUGUACAAAUCACCGGCCUCUUAGCAAUGAUGCAAACCCUGAAACCACCGCCACCGCUACACCAUCAUCACCAGCAUCAGCAGCAGCCACAUCAACACCAGCAGCAUCCGCAGUUGCAGCACCCGCAGUUGCAGCAGCAGCAGCAGCAACAACAACAGCAGCAACAGCACCUGACAGUCAUGGAUAAUCAUCAGCAACAUCAGCCGCAUAUCCAUCAGCAACAGCAACAGCAGCAGCAGCAACAAUUGCCACCCACGCCGCAGGCAUCGCACCUGGUCGGUGGGCAGCAGCAGCAGCAACAGCAGCAUCCGCACCACAAUCACCUGGCUGUCGACCAGGAUGACCCAAAUCCCGAACUAGUGCUCGCCUUAAUUUCCAGGAACCGUGCGCUCGAGGCUACGAUCCCGAAGUGCGGUGGCUGCCACGAGCUGAUCCUGGACCGUUUUAUCCUCAAGGUGCUGGAGCGGACGUGGCACGCCAAGUGCCUGCAGUGCAGCGAGUGCCAUGGCCAGCUGAAUGACAAGUGCUUCGCGAGGAACGGCCAGCUGUUCUGCAAGGAGGACUUCUUCAAGUCGAACAGACGUUACGGUACAAAGUGUUCCGCUUGUGAUAUGGGCAUACCGCCCACGCAGGUGGUGCGUCGUGCCCAGGACAACGUCUACCAUCUGCAGUGCUUCCUGUGCGCCAUGUGCUCCCGCACCCUGAACACGGGCGACGAGUUCUACCUGAUGGAGGAUCGCAAGCUCAUCUGCAAGCGUGACUACGAGGAGGCCAAGGCCAAGGGCCUCUAUUUGGAUGGCUCCUUGGAUGGCGAUCAGCCGAAUAAGAGGCCGCGCACCACGAUCACCGCCAAGCAGCUGGAGACCCUGAAAACCGCCUACAACAACAGCCCCAAGCCCGCCCGACAUGUACGUGAGCAGCUCUCGCAGGACACGGGCCUGGACAUGCGGGUGGUGCAGGUCUGGUUCCAGAACAGGCGGGCCAAGGAGAAACGACUGAAAAAGGACGCGGGCCGCACGCGCUGGAGCCAAUACUUCCGCUCAAUGAAGGGCAACUGCUCGCCACGCACCGACAAAUUCCUCGACAAGGAUGAGCUGAAGGUCGACUACGACAGCUUCAGUCACCACGAUCUGAGCAACGACAGCUAUAGCACCGUCAAUUUGGGUCUGGAUGAGGGCGCCUCGCCGCACAGCAUCCGCGGCUCCUACAUGCACGGCAGUUCGAGUCCGUCGCAAUUUCCGCCGAGCAGUCGCUCCCCGCCGCCAGUUGGCCAGGGUCACACGUUCGGCUCCUAUCCGGAUAACAUUGUCUACACCAAUAUAGAUCAAGCGGUGGGCUCUAGUUUGCAUGUCAACAAGUCGCACCAUCGCCUGCACAGUAGCAACAAUGUGUCCGAUCUGAGCAACGAUUCUAGUCCCGAUCAGGGAUAUCCCGAUUUUCCGCCCAGUCCGGAUUCCUGGCUGGGCGAUUCGGGCAGCACCAACAACACCAGCGCCAAUAACAAUGCAAACAACAAUAGUAGUAGCAACAACAACAGCGGUAACAACAACAACAACAGUAGCAGUGGCGGUGGAAGUGGCAGUGUGAGCGUCAGUACCGCCCCCAACCCUUCGGCGCCCGGCGUACAUUACUGAUACUCAAAUCUGCUUUUGCGUUAUUUUGAGAUGCAGUCGCGCAGUCUGCUGUUAGUCGCUGCCCAGCAGCAACAUCAGCAACAUCGGCAACAUCAGCAACAUUCAUCGCAACUAUAGCAGCGACGCCAUAUUGAAAGCUCACAGCAGUAGCAGCAGCAGCAGCAGCAACAGCAGCAACAGCAGAUGUUGCAACAUUAUAAGCUCACACAUCCACACCAGCAACAUAAACAGCUGCAACAGCAACAGAACAGCUUAGCCCAUGAGAUAUAUAUGGCUACAUAUCCACACAGCAGCAUUAGCAGCAGCAACAUGAGGAGCAGCAGCUAUCUACUGUAGCUGUACAGUAGCAACAUUAACAGCAGCAGCAUCAACAGCAGCAGCAACAUCAGCAAACCUUAACAGCUGCAAACAGAAAAGCUUAACCCUUGAGAUACAUAUAUAUGGCAACGCUGUCGUGUGGUUUUCAAACCACGCAUCCACACCCUAUUGUUUAUGCACUAAGCCUUUAUAAUUUUUAGUGAACAAAAACCAACACAAUUUGCUCAAAAUCCUUGAUUUCAAUUCGGUUUGCCAACGGUGGGCUUAGCUUGAGAAUACACACCUAACACGGCUUGAAUGUUACUAAGCGUUAUGAUUACAACUGUUCUUGAACGAUUACUUCGCUCUAUCAUUUACAUUCGUAACCCUGAUAUUUUAUUGUAAAUAUUGUAUAUUUGUGUAUAGUGAAUGGAAACUAAAACUGAAUUUUAAAUUAAUUAAGUCUGUAUAGCGUCAAACAAAUGCGGGGCAUUGCGAGCACAACAUUGGUUAGGCCCCCUGCCCCACAAAAAACAAAACAAACAAAAAAAUCAAGUUAUUUAUUGCUUUAUAUAGGAAUACAACAAAAUUGCAUAGGAGAAAUAUCAAUUACGAAAACGUGAUGUCGUAUUUAUAUCUAACGAAAAUACAAAAAAAAAAAACAAAAACAAAAAACAAAUACAAAAACCAAAAAAAUAUUUCAACCAAAUAGAAAUGUCAGUAAAACAGCAACUACGUAAAAUGAUAAAACGAAUGCGAUGAAAUAAAUUACUAUUUGACACAUAAGAAUAAAAGACAACAAAAAUUGUUAACCAAAAAGUUUUAUUUAAUUAUUUA